CCAUAUCUAGCGCCGGUUCCUAGAGAACUCUGUAGUUUUUCGCUUGCAAACAGGUGGCAUAACUGGGAGCGUGGAAACCAACGUUUUAGAUAUCUUACACUUGCUCACUUUAGGAAGGCCUUGGAUGAUCUUCAGGAAAGCGAGUUUGUGUGGGUUGUUUAUGCUGUAGAUUGCGUGGAUUCGGAUAUAAUUCCUGCAGACAUCUACAUGCACUCGGUUGUGUGGAGUGCUACGGUGCCGUUGGUAUCUUUUGAAUGCAUUGAGUGGCAUGCAACCGAUCGGUAUAGGCGACAGUUUGGUUUUGUGCAGGGAGUUCCUCAUCAGGAACGGAAUCUAAACAAGGCACACGGAGAAGUCCUGACUGGUUCUAAGAAUCUUAAUUGGGCCACAGCCACGAGUCAUUCGUUUUGGGUGAUGCAGUGGACAAACAGGUAUAAUCACGUUCUGACUGAGUUUGAUGGUCCACAACAUCCCUUAGAUAUUUACAUGCACUGGUACCGUACAAAAUAUGGCAAUCAUUUGAACUUGUCGGAUCUUGUGGUUCAAGAGAAUGACGAUGGUGAUCUGGUUAUGGAUGAUGUGGUUCAAGAGAAUGAAGAGACUGAGGAGCAGGAGCCACAGUCACCGUCACCUCUAGCUCUGUCUCCACCUCCACAAGAACUUCAGCGGUCAAGCCAAUAUGUAACACAAACACAAUUUACCUAAUCAUACCCGAUACAUCAGUAGUAUUGGAGUGUGCCACAGUUUGACUCAGGAGAUGGUAGUUCUUUUAGCCAGUUGCUUGGGGCUACAGAUGCAGGUCAAUCACAAUAUGGCCAUCAGCUUGACAUCAUGGCGGGUAGGUAUUUCUUGGAUGCAAGGCAUUUAUACCGCACUUCCUCAUGUGCUUCUAGAGGGUUGGUAUCUGGUGUCUCUAGUAGGAGUGAUAGUGGUCGAGGAGUUCUUAAUAGACAAAACCCUAACCGUGUUUCAAUGACUCUAAUCUCUGUUGAUUUGAUUAUAUUAUAUACUUAUUUCCUCAGUUGAUGUAAUUAUAAUCAUGUUAGGAUGGUCUGUCUAAUUAAGUUGUAUAUAGGUGAGGCACGCACUCCAGAUGAGAUAGGCAAAGGGUACAAUCUCAGGGGUGAUCUGCCUAGUCGUAGUGCUAAUCGAUUCACUCCGUCCGUGUUCAAAAAAGCCGCCAAGAAAUGCAAUAAUCUUGUGAAAGAUGUAAAGUGGGCAAUGAGAAAGUAGAUGUUGUGUAGUUAACAUUUUCUAUGUAUCGGUUCACUUUUCUAUGUAUGAAUUAACUGUUCGAUCUAUCAAUUACUAUGUAUCAAGUUAUCAAGUUAACAUUUGCUAUG